AUGAGCAGCGCCACCCUUAAACUCCGUCAGAAGCGGUCCAUGACGCGUCUUCUUAACCAGGGUCGCUCAAUUCUCGAGUACAACUUCGACCCAAACGCCUUCGUUAUCCCCCAGUGGAUCUUGGCACCCCCCGAGGUGCGCAAUGCCAUGCUCACCCUCCAGUACAAAGCCAUGAUAGCAGUCUAUGGCAUGAAGAGUCUCAUGAUCGCCCGCGACCACCGCUACUUCGAGCUUUGCCCCAAGAACAUGGGCGCCAUUGUCUAUCAGCUUCACCAAUCCUCCAUGCGUCGUCUCCUCGAAUGGAAAGAGGAUUGGAACUUCGCCGACCCGACCCUUGCAGCAGCUGCCAAAAUCCCCCGCGACACCCUGCAGUUCUGCGUCGACUCGAUCUCCUACGGAAAGUUUACCUGCGAUUACACCAACAAAAUCGACGGCUUUAUGUCUGGUCCUUUCCAGAACUGGCGCCAGUUUCGCAUGGAGAUCGGGCACUUGGCUUUCCGUCUCAUGAGCCAUAACUCCCACGACUACACCGAGUGGCGUGUCUGGUGGGAGGGCAAGUUUGCUAAUGAUAUGUGGAAAUGGGAGGGUUGCCUUGAAGGCCUGAUACUUCCUACCUGGGAGGAGAUCAUCGAUGAUGUUUACCUGAUGAUCAACGAUCGAGUUGAGGAUGCCCAAGAAUUGGCCAACUCAUUCUACAUUAGCACCCGGGGGCUGGCUUCGACAACUUAG